AUGGGAAGAGAUUCAGAAGUACAUCACAUUAGCGGGAAUGCUACACAUCAGAUAGAAGAUGGAACAACUCAGCGAGGAGAGGAGCCAGGCUGCAAUUCUAUCACCAGGUCAGAUGAAGGCCUAAGCGAUAAAGGCGCAGAAGACAUUUCCCCAGAAGGAGGAUACGGCUGGAUCUGUGUUGUUUGUGCUUGUCUUAUCAACGCCAACACAUGGGGCGUGAAUAGUUCAUACGGUGUCUUCCUCUCAUAUUAUCUAGGAAAUGGUAUAUUCCCAAAUACAAGCCCAAUUGAAUAUGCGUUCACCGGCGGCUUGAGCAUGUCAUGCUGUCUUCUUAUCUCCCCCUUGGUUACCCAUAUGGUACAUUUAUAUGGCAACCGAGCAGUCCUUAACUUUGGCGUCGUUCUCCAGACGCUGUCUUUCAUCGGAGCGUCCUUCGCAACACAGAAAUGGCACAUAUUUCUCUCUCAAGGUGUAUGCUUUGGUUUUGGAAUUGGUGUUAUUUUUGUCUCAUCAGUGAGCAUAAUACCCCAGUGGUUCCGGCGCAAACGAAGCAUUGCCAAUUCUCUCGCAGCUGCUGGCUCUGGUAUAGGAGGACUUUCAUAUUCCCUAGCUGCAGGCUCACUCAUUCCUAAAGUUGGACUUGGAUGGACCUUUCGUGUCUUGGGACUGUGUUCGUUUGCCAUAAACUUGGUCGCCUCCAACCUGAUGCGGGACCGGAACAAAGCCAUCGGCAGCAAAUAUCGUGCUUUUCACUUUCCACUGCUUAAACGACCAGAAUUUAUUCUCCUCCAGGCAUGGGGUAUGCUUUCUCUGCUGGGCUAUGUUGUCAUUCUUUUCAGUUUACCCAACUUUGCUCUUUCAAUUGGUCUCUCCCAGAAGCAAGGUAGCAUUGCUGGUGCUCUACUGAAUCUUGGUCAAGCCCUUGGACGCCCUGUUGUCGGACUUGUCAGUGACAGAUACGGACGGUUUAAUAUGGCUGUCUUGUUCACCGUCUUCUGCGGUUUUCUCUGUCUAGCUGUCUGGAUACCGUCCUCGAACAUGGGCGUGCUCUCCUUCUUUGCUGUCAUAGUAGGCACUGUGGCCGGCACUUUUUGGACAACUAUCGUUCCAGUGUGUGCAGAAGUAGUUGGUAUGCAAGAACUCCCCGGGGGGCUAAGUAUUACCUGGGUAGCUAUGGUGCCUGCGACCACUGUGGCUGAACCCAUUGCUCUUGUUCUUAGGACCGGGUCGGGCUCGACAGGCUCAUAUCUUUAUGCGCAGGUCUUUGCCGGGCUUGUAUAUGUUGUUGCUGGGCUGUUCUUGCUGGUCGUCCGCGGCUGGAAAAUUGGAGAUAACGAAAGGAUCGAAAGAGCGGCAGCAGCCAAUACCCCUGCAACUGUUGACCCUAGUCCAGUUCUCGCAAUUAUCCCUACUGUUACAAUGGGUGAUCCUCUCACUGGCUGUGCAACGGUUGAACGAGUGAUGAGCCGCCCAGAUGACACUAACUGUCUGCCUACCGGCGCAGAGGUGAAAAUUUGGUCACCACUACCACUAACCCGACGAAUGGUGGCUUGGAAACUGGUCUAA